GACAGGAGUGCCAGAGGAGCGCGAGGGGCGCCUCAGGUCGGGGUCUGGUGGAACGCCACGGCAGGAGGAGCGAGACCAUGCUCAUGGCGCGGGACGGAGCGAGAGACGAGGCCCAGAAGCUGCACCGCAAAUGGAUGAAGCACCAGGCCUUCAUGGCCGAGCUGGCGCGCAACAAAGAGUGGCUGGCCAAGAUCGAGCAGGAGGGCAAGGAGCUGAUCCAGGAGCAGCCGGAGCUGCAGUCGGUGGUGCAGCAGAAGCUGGAGGAGAUGCGUGAGUGCUGGGGUCACCUGGAGAGCACCACCAAGGCCAAGGCCCGACAGCUCUUCGAGACACAGAACCACCGGACCCCCGGGACCAACCCGUCGGCCAAGGCCCUCCCAGACUUGGACCAGCAGCUGUCCCUGCUGCAGGAGCAGCCCCCGACGGUGGGCUCAGCCUCCCCCUCGGCCACCGCCGCCUCCUUGGCCACCAUGCCCACCCUGCUGCAGCCCAGGCCCACCUUCAGCCAGCAGCUCCAGAGGAUCCAGUCCAUGGAGUCUCAGCUCAUCCGCGGGGUGGGCAUGACUCACCUGGGGGGCAGCGUGGCGGACGUGGCGGACGUGGGCGCGGCUGAGCCGCAGGCGGGCCUGCUGAGGGGGGUGGAGGGGGAGGAGCGGCCCACCGAGACGCGCAUCUGCCGCCUCAUCGAGCCGCUCAAGGAGAGGCGACGCAUCCUGCUGGCCUCCAAGGAGAUGCACCAAGUCAGCCAAGACCUGGAGGACGAGAUUGUGUGGAUUCAGGAGAACCUCCCUCUGGCAUCCUCCAAGGAAUACGGAACCAACCUGCAGAGUGUGCAACAGCUGAUGAAGACAAACGAGAUGCUGCAGAUGGAGCUGCAGAGCCGGAGAGAGCGAUUGGAGGAGGUGUUGGACAGGGCGGGAGCAGUGGCGGCGCUGCGCACGCCGGAGACGGACCUGGUGCGAGAAGGGGCGGAGCACGCGCGGCAGCUGUGGGAGGUGCUUAUGGUGGAGGCGGAGCGUCGCACCGUCAUGCUGGACGCCGUGUUCCACGCCCAGCAGUACUACACGCAGGCGACCAAGGCCGAGUCCUGGCUCAGUGGACAGAAGCUGCAGGUCAUCAACGAGGAGAGAGGAACGGAUGAGCCCAGCACCCUGCGGCUCCUGAAGGAGCAGCUCGCUCUGGAGCAGAUAGUGGAGAACUACGCCGAGACGGUCAGCUUCCUGUCCCAGCAGUGCCGCAGGAUGCUGGAGCUCGGACACCCAGACAGCGAGCAGAUCACCAAGCAGCAGUCCCACAUAGACCGCCUGUACGUGUCGCUGAAGGACCUGGUGGAGCAGCGCAAGACCAAGCUGGAGCAGCAGUACUGGCUGUACCAGCUCAAGCGUGAGGUGGAGGGCCUGGAGAAGUGGAUUGCCGAUCGGGAGGCCGUGGCCAGCUCCACAGAGAUGGGACAGGACCUGGAGCAUGUCACGGCUCUGCAAGACAAGUUCACGGAGUUCAAUGCGGAGACGCGCGCGGCCGGCCAGAGGCAGAUGGAGUCUGUCAACAAGAUGGUGAACGAGAUGAUCGACUGCGGCCACGCGGACGCCGCCACCAUCGCCGAGUGGAAGGACGGCCUGAACGAGUCGUGGGCCGACCUGCAGGAGCUGAUGGAGACGCGGACGCAGAUGCUGGCCGCCUCCCACCAGCUGCACAAGUUCUUCACCGACUGCCAGGAGGUGUUGGUUCAGGUCGAGGGGAAGAUGCGUCAGCUCCCUGAAGUGCGCUCGUGUCAGGUGAGCACAGCCAACCCCGGCACGCUGAAGAGGCUGCUGCACUCCUUCGAGCACGCGCUCCAGCUGCUCGUCACUCAGGUGCGGCAGCUACAGGAGAACGCUGCCCAGUUGAGGGCCAUCUAUGCUGGGGAAAAAGCAGAUGCCAUUCUGGCCCGUGAGCAGGAAGUGAUGCAAGCCUGGAGGGAGCUGCUGGUGUCCUGCGAGGGCAGCCGUGUGCAGGUCACCACGGUAACAGACAAGGUGCAGUUCUUCGCUCUGGUGCGAGAGCUGAGCAUGUGGACAGAUGGCAUUAUGGGCCAGAUAGGACCAUCUCCGGACAGUGCCAGGGACGUGUCCGGUGUGGAGACCAUGAUGUCCCAGCAUCAGAAUCUGAAGGCUAAGAUGGAGGCCAAGAGUGAAAUCUUCUCUCAGUGUGUGGAGAUGGGCAAGAUGCUCCUGGCAGCCCGCAACCCUGCCUCUGAAGAGGUGAAGGAGAAGCUGGACCAUGUGAUGGCCAAGCAGAAGGACCUGAAUGAGCGCUGGGACCACCACUGGGAGAAACUGCAGCACACGCAACAGAGGCUCCAGGACGCCCAGAGGAUUCUAGCUGAGAAGGCGUGGCUAACCUCCAAAGAGCCAAUGAUCAGCCCCGCCAGCCCACGUGACAUGUUGGGCGGGGCCGGAGGGGCGGGCGGAGCCGAUGAGGUAGAGCAGCUGAUUCGUCGACACGAGGCGUUCCGGAAGGCCGCGGCCACAUGGAAGGAACACUUCAGCUCCUUACGCCAGGUGGAGAAGCAGAAGCUGAAGGAGGAGAAGAGCAGGCAGUCUGUUUCUUCGUCGCUGCUCAACAGGCAGAUGUUUCCUCUCUCCUGCCUGGUCGGGAGCUCGUCCUCCUCUUCAUCCUCCUCCACACCCUUCAGACAGAGUCUUCAGGACCAGCUCGACAUCAAGUCUGGCCCAGACAUCCCCCAGCUGGCUGCCCACUCGCUGGCCCAGAGGCUGGGGGCCUCCGUGGGCCCCUACAGCCCCGUCAUGAACGGCUCGUCCUACCACAGCCUCAACCCACAGGCAGGGGGCGCUAUGAUGGACAAUCCGGGCUACCACGUGCUGGCCCAACAGGCUGCACAGCUCGGGGUGGACAGCUACCAGGGGUUGAACCAACAGGGUAUGAUGGGGGUGGACAGCUACCAGGGGUUGAACCAACAGGGUAUGAUGGGGGUGGACAGCUACCAGGGGUUAAACCAACAGGGUAUGAUGGGGGUGGACAGCAGCUCGAGCUACCUGAGCAAUCCUGGCAUGGGGGGGGGUGCCGGCGCUGGCAUGAUGCCCGACCCCAAGAUGGCGUACGCGUGGCAGCACCUGAAGACUGACUGCAUGCAGCCCAAGCUGAACCACAUCCACAAGGCCGUGCCCGCUCUCCUGGAAGCCCACCACGCCCAGCAGCAGCAGCAGCAGCAGGGGGAGAUCCACCCGGGCAUUGGCAUCGAACACGGCCUGGAGCUGCUACACGGCAGGCUCCAGAGGGACCCCCGCGGCAGCCGCUCCGACCCCCAGAUGGACCACCUACGGAGGGAGCGCGAGUACAGGCUGGGCCGGCAGACCUCCAGUGAGCAGGAGAUCCAGGCGCGCCUCAACGAGCUGCCCAUGAUCGUGAGGCAGGAGCGCUAUCGCAGGCGGCUCGAGAGGCAGUCGUCCAGCGAGCAGGAGCAGGCCAGCGGCAAGCCCAGCGAUCAGGAGUCCGGCAAAGAGCCCACGGACAAGAGACCCGGGGAUAAACGCGCCACAAUGGCUGAGAUCGUCGAGCAGAUUCAAGAAAAAGAGGCAGCAGAGGCUCGAGGGGAGGUUUACCGGGCCGCCAGUGUUCUCUCGGCGCCCUGUGGCCGCUACGACCGCCCGCGAGCGAGGGACCGGCCCAAACCUCGGAGGAGGCCGAGGCCCAAAGAACCGGAAGAGACGACCCGGCGAUCUCGCUCGGCGCCCGCCCAUGCCGUGCCCGUCAUCCCCAGCCACACCGUCCAGGUGGAGGGCUUCCUCUACCGCAAGCACGAGCCUGAUGGCAAGGAGAAGAGUCCCAACAGCAAGUCCUGGGUGAACCUCUACUGUAUCCUUGCCAACGGAGAGAUUGCUUUCUACAAGGACGCGCGACACAUCACCACGCCAUACAACGACGAGCCGCUACUCAACCUGCACACCUGCACCUGUGACAGCACCAACGGAUACAAGAAGAAGAAAAACGCCUUCAUCCUUAAAGUCCCAAAUUCAGAUGACUAUAUUUUCCUGGCUAAGGAUGAGGAUGAGUUCAAGAAGUGGGUGUUCAGCAUCAACACCUCCCUGCAGGAGCACGAGGACAUCGUCAAGUGGGAGAAGCCCACCACCUCCUCCACAGACCCAGACAAGUCGGAGCAGAGGGAGCGUUCCGAGGGAGCCGAACCCUUUGAGGCGGCCGACCGCUCGGAGAGAGGCGACGGCUCGGAAAAGGCCGACGGCUCGGAAAAAGUCGACACGUCGGAGCGGGCGGAGGGCCGGGAGCGGGGUUCGAGUACUUCUGGCAGGAGCAAAUGAUACAUAGUCACUUGUGUGAGAGGUUAUCCAUCUACCAGUCAGUCAAUCUAUCUAUCCAUCCAUCUAUCUAGCUAUCUUAUCUAUCUGUCUAUCUAUUUAUUCAUUUAUCUAUCCAUUUGUUCAUCUACCCGGCCAUUUAUCUGAGCAGAUGUGAAAGAGGAAGGUUUCUUUUUCACAGUUUUACCCCUCUUUCAGUGUCUCUUCCUUUCUCUUUCACACAACUCCUCACCCUCUGUCUGCCCCCUCCCCCACUACUUUGCUCUCUGGGUUUGAGUUUCUGCACAAGUGCGGGAGUGUAAUGUGCGUGUGUCCACAUCAUUAGAAGCUAACUAUGGGUAUACAUCACUCUAUAUUACCACACAGCUCUUCUGAAGUCUUAUUCAGUCCUUUGGAGAUGGUCAAGUAC